AUGGAUAGAAUAUUUUACAGAACUGAUCUUCGAGAUCCAACUACAAAUUAUCCAAUUUAUAUAUUCGAUUCGUCAUAUUUACCAUCCCCGGAACAUAUUAAUUAUAACGAAUUCCUCCCAAUUAUGAUGGGAUCUUUACCAAUCAAACCAUAUGUCUUGAUUAUGUUUAGUUGUGGUUUAAAUAAGAUUUCAUGGAUGUGGGGAGUUAAAUUUUUAAAACUUUUCCUAACGAGUAAUGAAGAAAGAGAUUUAAAAAAUUUGGUUAAAAUAUUCACCGUUCAUGAUAGUUGGUUUAUCAAAUCUAUAUCUUCAAUAUUGUAUAAUUAUAAUUCAACUAGAAAGAAUCUUCAACAAUUGGAUAGACUUUUAGAAGCUUUCACUAUGAAUAAUGAAUUAAUGAUGUUAAAUACACCUAAUGAAGAUCAAUCACAUACAAUGGUUAUACAUUGUAAAACAUUAAGUGAAUUAAGUCAAUAUUUGGAUAUAACACUUUUGAAAAUUUCUUUGAAUAUUUAUCGAUAUGACAAUCAAAUAGCAGAAUUGGUAUUGUUUAUGAGAUAUCAACCAAUAUUGAAUCCAGUGGUGACUUUGAAUAUUAAUCAACAUCCUAUUUUCCAUCAUCAUUUAUAUCAAAUUUUCAAAAUUGUGGAAAGUAAUUGUGAUAAAGUUGAAUUAUUAUUUUACAAACCAGGUAAUAAACUAAAAUGUGAUACUUUAUAUCAAUGUAUUUUAAGAAAUCAAUUGAUUUGGAUAAAUGAUUGGGAUUUAUAUUCAAUUGCUACUGUGUUUAAAAGAAUUCUAAUGGAAUUACCUUUUCCAUUGAUCAAUAUUGAUUGGAUUUCAUUACCUAUACAUGAUGAUUUGAAAUAUACUUUAAAAACAUUCAAAAAAGUUAUCACAAAUUUAAACAACUCACCAGAAACCAUUCAUUACGAUCAAUUAUUAUUUCAAAUCUUGGAUAUGCUUUAUAAGAUAAUUUCAAAUAAUGAAAUCACCAAACAUACCUCGGUAACAAUAUCCAAAAGUUUGUCAUAUAGUUUAAGUCAUGAAUUGAUAUCAAACAACACGACAAAUAUUCAAAUCAUUAAUCGAUUUUUGAAAAAUAUUCUUGAAUAUUGGGUUGAUAUACGUAAGAAUUUUAAAAUUUAUUCAAUUGAUGAUACUAUAGAUGGGAAACUUGAACAACUUAGUUCAUCAUCAUCAAGAAAAAUUUUACUUCAUGAUACUUCUUCAUAUGAUUUAAGUCAUGAUAUAACAUUAGAUCAAGAAAGUGAAACUACAGGAGAAGAAGAAGACGAAGACGAAGAAGAAUCAGAAUCAACAGUUGAAACAACAAAUAUUUUACAAGGAUUGAAAAUUAAUGAUAAUUCAAAUAAAAAUCUACAUCAAAGAACUAAAUCAGAAAUAUUAAUUCCUAAAACGUCACAUAAGAAAACUUUAUCUGAUGUUUCAAACGUUCAAAUUCAAUAUCCUCCUCAGAAAUAUAAGUUUACAAAUAUAACUAGAAAAUCAGAUAAAUCAUCAUCUUCAUCAUCAUCAUCAAUAGCAUCUUCAAAAUCAACACCACCAAUAACACCAACAAGAAAAACGACACCAACACUUAAUGGUACACCAAUGAAGAAACCAGUAAUUAGAGGUCGUAAAGUUAGUCAAUUAGCAAAAUUGUUUGAAGAAAGAAGUGAGGCUAUAGAAAUAUUAGAAUCUAUGUCUUAG